UUGUUCCUUGCCAGAGAGUUUGCCCACAAAGAGUCGCCAAGAUAGCUGGGCCAGGAAGAAAGCGUCGAACCCCUGACCCAGACUCCAUCACUGACCCCGGUGGGCCGUUUGUCUCAUCCAAACGGCUGAAAAUGUCCAGCAGCGCCAGUGCCCCAGGCCAGAGGAGAGCGUCCCGGGGGCUGGAGGAUGCAACCAACAAGAAGAAGCAGAAGGACCGAGCCAACCAGGAGAGCAAGGAGGGCGAGAGACCCCCUGGCAGCGACCCUAAGAAAGACCUGCUGCUGGACUGGAAGCAGAACGCUGACGAGGUCAUUGUGAAGCUGAACUUGGGCAGCGGGCCCCUGAAGUUGGAGGAGGUGGAUGCUGCGUUCACAGACACCGACUGCGUGGUCAGGCUGCCAGAUGGCCGCCAGUGGAGUGGGCAGUUCUACGGGGAGAUUGAGAGCUCCUGCAGCAAAGUCCAGGGCAAGAAGGGCAACUUCCUGCAGCUGGUGCUUCAGAAGAAGAUCCCCCUGCACACCUGGGCUUCGCUCCUGAAGAAGCGGAAGGACGGAUCCAAGGAGCUAGCCAAGGGGGCCAUGAGCCAGAACGGGAAGGAGCAGCCCCAGCCUGCACAGGCCGCCCCCGAGGAGCUGUCGAGGAGCAAGCGGGAGUUCCCGAACUCGAAGCGAGCUCCAGGGAGGGGCGAGGCCCCAGAAGGGAAGAGCCCGGCCAGCCCCAGGCUGCAAAGCGGGCCCAGCGCCAAGCGGGCUGGGUACCUCAAGGUGGCUCUGAUGGAGGAGGAGCCAAAUGCCGGGGUCCCUGGGGGCUUGGAGCCUGGCAAGGGACCCAGCGGGAGAGGGGGCAGCCGGCAGAACGGCCGAGCAGCCCACGGCGAUGCUGCCACGGACCUGACCCCGCCUCUGGUGAAGGCCGAAGAGCUGCAGAAGGAGCCCGUGCUUGUGGGGAUGCAGCCGCUCGCUGCCCCUUCGGAGAGCUUUCCCCAGCACAUGGCGCCCUGCCUGGAGAAGAGACCCCUGCAGCCGGCCGUCUCCCAGUGCCCGCCAGCCCUUGGCGAGGGCCCCGAGGCUACCCUGGCCCCCGCCUCCCCUCCGCUGGGCAGAGACGCUGAGAAGAGAGACUGGUCCAAAGAGGAUGUUGCCCUGGAAGCAGCAGCGGAUGAGCCAGAGCCCAUCGUGAGCCUGAGCUUGGUGAAGAACGACUCGUACGAGAAGGGGAGUGAUUCAGUGGUGGUGCACGUCUACGUGAAGGAGAUCCACAGGGAGACCUCCAAGGUGCUGUUCCGGGAGCAGGACUUCACGCUGGUGUUCCGGACCAGUGACGUCAACUUCCUGCGACUGCACCCCAGCUGCGGCCCCCACACGGUGUUUAGGUGGCAGGUGAAACUCAGGAACCUCAUUGAGCCGGAUCAGUGCACGUACAACUUCACCAUCUCCCGCAUCAACAUCUGCCUGAAGAAACGCCACAGCCAGCGCUGGGGGGGGCUGGAAGCCCCAGCUGCACGAGGUGCAGUGGGUGGUGCGAAGGUUGCCAUGCCAACAGGCCCUACCCCUCUGGAUAAGAGCCAGCCGGGCAGUAACCAGCACCCCCUGUCCAGUAAGGAGGAGGCUCGGGCAGGGGAGAAGGAGAAGCCCAGAGCAGAGGACGGUGGCUUGGAGGGCGUCACGGCCCGGACGGCCACAGAGCACGUCACAGUGAAGCAGGAACCGCAUGUCCCCUCACCCAAGCCGAUGUGCAUGGUGCCGCCGAUGACGCACAGCCCGGUGAGCAGUGAGAGCGUGGAGGAGGACGAGGAGGAGGAGGAGAAGAAGAAGGUGUGUCUGCCGGGCUUCACGGGGCUGGUGAAUCUGGGGAACACCUGCUUCAUGAACAGUGUCAUCCAGUCCCUGUCCAACACGCGGGAGCUGCGGGACUAUUUCCAUGAUCGCUCCUUCGAGGCUGAGAUCAACUACACCAACCCGCUGGGCACGGGAGGGCGCCUGGCCAUCGGCUUCGCUGUGCUCCUGCGGGCGCUCUGGAAGGGCACCCACCACGCCUUCCAGCCCUCCAAGCUGAAGGGAGCGGUUCUUGGCCCUUCGCUAGUUAAUGUUUUUGUCAAUGCCCUGGAAGAAAACGAAAUCACUGGAAGUCUGCAGAUGACAAACAUUGGGGCAGUGGCAAAUAAUGAGAGAAAGUCAGUGAUACAGAGCAAACUGGGCUCAACCAGACAAUAUCAAUUUGCCUACAGCGAAAGGUCCUUCGAACCUGUACUGACCAGGCCCGAGACCCAGAGGGGCGGGUGCCAGGGCGGAGACUUGCCCCAGCCCUGCCUCUUCCUCCUCGUGAGGACAGAGGAACCACGGCUCAGCGCUGGGCCGGAAUCCAGAAACCCUGAGAGGCCGGUGCAGCGUUCCUCGGCUGGCAGGGGUCUCCCUCACAGACUCCAGAGCCCCGUGUUCCCCACCCAGCCAGCCAAGGCCACAAGCAGCAGACACUGCCAGGCGCCCCGCGUUGUGUCUGGGCUGCCAACAGCGCAGAAGGCAAAGCCCCAGCCUGGCGAGGGAGCCACACCGCAGUGCGGAGCCAAGGCUGCGAAGCCAACCAAGCGCCAAGGGCAUGGCCCGUCCCAGGCCAGAUCUGCUGUGCGCUGCGCCCCCAUCUUGCUCCAGAUGCUCCGGAGCACGAGCCGGGGCUCGCCCACCCCCGCCAGCAGGGGCUGUGCACAGGCAGUCUGGGCGGGGGGCUCGGCCGACAGUGGGCUCUACUCUGGGGCCGCGGGGCUGCAUUCGCAGGUGGGUGAUGGCCAGGUCUUUGCCGUAGGGGCCGCCUCACCCUACACCAGACGACUUGCCUGGGCUGCAUCGGGCGGGGGCGCAGUGCAGAAAUCUGGACAGAUCCAUGCACCCCGAGCCACGCUGAGCGACCCGCCUCUGUCCCACAGCGCCACUCUGCACAUCAAACUCCUCCCAGCUUAG